AUGUUUACUGUGAAAUUCAUCCUCAUCGCACUCGUCGGGCUUAUUUCCAAAGUCGCGGCAAUGACAAUCGACACUCCCAGGAACGUCGUCCGCUGCGAGAAUGUCACUCUCACUUUCGACGGCGGUGAACCUCCAUACUCUCUCGAAGUCACCAAUGGUCUCAGAGCAGCCUUCCCAGUAGUUGUAGAAAAGAUCAAUGGCAUUGAAAGCAGCCCAUUCGAGUACAAGGUUAAUGGCUCCGAAGUGAGAAUUGGCUUUAUUCUCCAUUCUGACGAUGAGAAGACGGCAUACUCAGGCAACGUCAUUAUCGCAGAAAAUGACGAGCUUACUUGUAAAUAA